CAGCAGCACACGGCACCGGUCCGUUAGUUUGUCUCACCUCGAGCAGCAGAGUGGUCCUACCCGGAGAACGAGCACGGAGCCCGGGCACAGCGAGCCAUAGCGGCCCCGGGACCACGGAGCAUCCUGAAGAGCGCACGGGACUUUACGCACGGGACUUUACGCACAGGACUUUACGCACGGGACUUUACGCACGGGACUUUACGCACGGGACAACGUAAAUAAGAAUAAGACAAUUCUAAAAGACAAAGAUAAAAAUGUGACAGUUUCGCAGGAAAUCUGAUCACAGCCGGACAUCAGAGCGCACACCGGGACUCUCCGGGACUCUCCGGGACUCUACGGGACUCUGCCGGGACUCUACGGGACUCUACGGGACUCUGCGGGACUCUGCGGGACUCUGCCGGGACUCUGCCGGGACUCUACGGGACUCUACGGGACUCUGCGGGACUCUGCGGGACUCUGCCGGGACUCUGCGGGACUCUACGGGACUCUGCGGGACUCUGCACCCACGGGCGCCCACGGACAGUCGAAUCCACCAGACCUGAACCGUAUCAGACCCAACGGAACCGGGAUAGGACCGGAGCCAGUCCCUCCGCGCUCCAGACACACGAGUCCCUUUCGCUGUGCGCGUGCUCGUGCGUGGGAGGGGUUACACGGGGACAACCCGGGCCCAAGGACCCGAUCGAACCGAACUCUGGCAGAGAGGUCAACGGGGCGCGGGCUCACUGCGCCCGGGAGCAGUGCGUCUGUGCGCGGGGUGGAGAGCGCGUAGAAGCCGCUGAGCUCCUCUGAACCCGGAGCCCCCCACGGAGCCGCCCACGGAGCCCCGCUCCGCGCGGGUAUAAAUAGAGUGAAAUCCGAGACCGGACCAGAUCCAGACCUGAUCCAGAUCCAGACCAGAUCCUGAUCCAGACCUGAUCCAGACCAGAUCCAGACCUGAUCCAGACCUGAUCCAGACCAGAUCCUGAUCCAGACCCGAGUCUUCGUGAGGUUUAUUUUGUGAAGCUGAUCAGUUUAAACUUCAGUGUCGCAGGAGAAACACUUUUAUAAACCUCUGGUCUCUGGUCCUAACCCGCCACUGAGCACCUCAUGGCGGAGCUGGUGAGCUCGGACCUCCGCGGGGACCUCCGCGGGGACCUCCGCGGGGACCUCCGCGGGGACCUCCGCGGGGACCUCCGCGGGGACCUCCGCGGGGACCUCCGCGGGGACCUCCGGGACCUCCGCGCGCUGCCCUCGAGCCCUCUGGCCAUGGACUACGUAAAUGACUUUGACCUGAUGAAGUUCGAGGUGAAGAAGGAGCCUCCGGAGCCGCCGCUGUGUCACCAGGCCCCGGGGCCCGGGCCGUGCUCCGGGCCGUGCUCCGGUCCCGGCGGGUCUCUGUCCAGUACCCCCCUGAGCACCCCCCUGAGCACCCCCUGCUCCUCCGUGCCCUCCUCCCCCAGCUUCUGCCCGCAGCCCAGCCCUCCGCACGGCCCAGCAGGGGGCGCCCUGGGCCCGGGACAGGGCAAAGGCCACGAGGAGAUUUACUGGGUGGGCGGGUACCAGCCGCACUCGGGCCCAGAGGCGCUCAGUCUGACCCCGGAGGACGCAGUCGAGGCUUUGAUCGGGUCAAACGCUCAUCACUACGAGGCGUUCAGGGGCGCUCCGUAUGAAGAGCACCCGCAUCACUCACAUCACCUGAGUCACCUGCACAGCCAGGCCCUCGCACAGGUCCAUGGGCGUCUGGAGGAGCGUUUCUCUGAUGAGCAGUUGGUCUCCAUGACGGUGCGGGAGUUGAACCGGCAGCUUCGUGGCUUCUCCAAAGAGGACGUUCUUCGGCUGAAGCAGAAGCGCAGAACCUUGAAGAACCGAGGCUACGCUCAGUCCUGCCGCUUCAAACGAGUGCAACAGCGCCACCUCCUGGAGACCGAAAAGAGUUCACUACAAAACCAAGUGUCACAGCUCCAACAAGACCUGCUCCGAGUCUCCAAAGAACGAGACCUGUACAAGGACAAGUACGAGAGACUGGCCCAAGACCUGGCCCAAGACCGGGCCCAAGACCGGGCCCAAGACCGGGCCCAAGACCGGGCCCAAGACCGGGCCCAAGACCGGGCCCAAGACCUGUACAAGGACAAGUACGAGAGACUGGCCCAGGACCUGUUCAAGACCCAGGACCGAGUCCACCCCGAGGUCUACAAGGAAAAAGGCCCGACUCGGAACUAUGGCCUGCGGCCUGGGGACGCCCGCUAAGACCGGGACUGAACCGGGACUGAACCGGGACUGAACCAGGACUGAACCGGGAAUGAACCGGGACUGAACCGGGACUGAACCGGCACUGAACUUGUCCCGGAGCCGGGACUCAUGUUUGGCCCAAAAGUGGCAUCACUGGAGCAGGAACAUCACUCAAACACUUUAUUUGUGGGGAAUCAAACCCACAACCUCCAGGUCCGGAUCAGCCGUGAGUCUUAACUUUUAAAUAUUUAAUUUAUUUAUUUUGAAAACUUUUUUUUGUGUUUUUGAAAUUUGUAAAAAGUCUUAAGAUUUUUACUGAAAUAUUUAUGACACAAGACUGAAUCCGAACGAAGGCGACAAAUGCCUCAAGAGGAAGAGGAAGAGAGGAGGAAGAGGAGGAGGGGUGGAGGAGGAGAGGAGAGGAGAGGAGGAGGAGGAGGAGAGAACGAAGAAAAAGGAGUAUUCAGGAGCUUAAAAAUGUUUAAAAUUUUGUGUGAAUAUACAAUAUUUAUUUCUCUUACACAAUUGUUUUUAUUUAUUUGAGAUAUUUCUGGUUUUGUGCCUUAUGUUUUAUUUUAAGACAAACAUUUCUUUUCUGUGAAAAAAAAUCUAUUUUAUUGUGAAAUGUCUGAGACUUCGGGGCUUUUAUUCUGAAAAAGAACUGGAUCAGACUCUGAGUAUUUUACAUUUGAACAAAAAAGUCUUAAACUGAAGAGACCCGACGCUCAGACCCUGCAGCUGUUCAGACCCUGCAGCUGUUCAGACCCUGCAGCUGUUCAGACCCUGCAGCUGUUCAGACCCUGCAGCUGUUCAGACCCUGCAGCUGUUCAGACCCUGCAGCUGUUCAGACCCUGUACAUUAUGUGACCGUCUGAGAAUCUGAAAAUAUUUUUUUUUAAAUGUGGACUCAAACCUUUUCUGAAAAACUUCUCUUUCAUUUUUCUUUUUUGUGGCAACAACAAAAUCCUGAAAGAACCGGGUCUGGACCCAGAACCGGGUCUGGACUCAGCAGCAGGUGUCAGUCUGAUGUUCUGACCCAAACGCAGCACGUUCCUGUGUUUCUUUGUUAUUUUUCCUUCGUUUGUUCCCUCGUUUUGUUCCUUCGUUUUGUUCCUUCGUUUUGUUCCUUCGUUUUGUUCCUUCGUUUUCUUCAUGUUUCCAGCUCAAACUGAAGUUGUUCUUUUUCCUGUUCGUGUCGUUUCCUGAUCUCAGCUCGAGGCGACAAACCUGAGCAUGAGCAACCUGCCCCUGUACAACCUGCCCCUGUACAACCUGCCCCUGUCGUCUCUUUCCCUCUUGUCCCUGUCCCUCUCGUCCUUGUCCCUGUUGUCCCUGUCCCUGUCGUCCCUGUCCCUCUCGUCCCUGUCGUCCCUGUCCCUGUCGUCCCUGUCCCUCUCGUCCCUGUCCCUCUCGUCCUUGUCCCUGUUGUCCCUGUCCCUGUCGUCCCUGUCCCUCUCGUCCCUGUCGUCCCUGUCCCUGUCGUCCCUGUCCCUCUCGUCCCUGUCGUCCUUGUCCCUCUCGUCCCUGUCCCUCUCGUCCCUGUCCCUCUCGUCCUUGUCCCUGUUGUCCCUGUCCCUGUCGUCCCUGUCCCUCUCGUCCCUCUCGUCCUUGUCCCUCUCGUCCUUGUGCAGGUGGAGGGAGCUGAAUUGGACCAGAUCUCCUAUAAAACUGAACCAGAACCAGAACCAGAUCCGGUUCAGAUCCGGUUCAGAUGUGAUUGGGUCGAUUGAUGAUGAUGAUGUUUCUAAUGUCAGUGAGGAAGCUCCCUCCUCCUGGUCACGUGACGUGCGCAGUGUCACGUGACGUGUACAGUGUAAAUAUGAUUUUGUGUCUGAGCCUCAGAAACUUCAGCUGAAAAUAAACAAAACAAUAAACAAUAAACAA